GAAAUAUAAUUAAAGCUGUCCUGAAUUCAGGAGCUACAGUUAGUAUUAUACCUGAUAAAUUAAGAAAGAUAUUAGGAAUCCCAAUCAAUGUUCCUUCCAAAGUGAUAGUAAUUAUAGCUAAUG